CUGCAUUUUGCAUGUCAUUCGUUGAAAGGAAAGAGACACAAUGGGCUCCUCCUCCUCUGCACAACCCACCACCUAUCUAUCCCCACCCCACAAAAGCCCAUCGUCUAUCCCUAUUUUAAUCAACCAUUUUUAUCUUUUCAUUUUCUGGGUUAUCCUCAUUUCAUUUGAUUAUUAUUCCUUUAUAAACAUCAUUUUCUCAAAUACUAUUUGGAAUAAUGUGUGAUUUUUCUCCUUCAUAGACCCCACAAACCCAAACAACACACGUUGUUUUUGUUCGUCUAUCUUAGAUAAUAAUCUUCUUUUAUUAACCCAAAAAGUUAUUCUAUGAUCACACCAAAAAGCCAAAUAUCCUUUUCUUGAUUUUUGGGUGUUGUAUCAUUUUUGGUUCCCUUCUUGCCUUAGCAAUCUUUCUUUCAUCAUUUCUUCUUCAUUGGGUUUUGGGGUUGUUCCGUAUCUUUGUCUAAUUUUUCUUCCCUUUUUAAACAAAUCAUUUUUUUCCUGACACCCAAUUCUAUUCCCAGACCAAAAUCCUUGUUUGGCUGUCUUGGUAAUAGGGUUUGUUUUUUCUUGUUGUCUUUUUGUCUCACGGGUUUGAAUAAAAAAAACCCCAUUUUGUGCAAAACAAUGCUGCAGAUGGGUUAUGCAAAUUUGGCCUUGUUAACCCAGAAAUGAAUAGUCUUGCUGUACAAUUUUGGACCUUUCUUGUUCAGUAAUUUUUACAAAUAAUUGGUGUGCAAUUUCUCUUUGGUUUGGGGAAUUAUGGGGUGUGUUUAUGGGAAGUGUUGUUGUAGAUACCCAAGAUCUUCAGAUGGUGAUAACAGGGAAGAUUUGGGUAGAUAUGCUCAGGUACAAACACAUAUUCUUGCUGGCAGGUCUGUAGAAAGUGCACAAGUUCCUUCUCAUAACUUCAGGUUAGAAUAUACUGUGCUUACUCAACGUGGGUUUUACCCUGAAUCACCUGAGAAAGAAAAUCAAGAUAGUUAUUGCAUCAGAACACAGCUUCAGGGUAAUCCAAAUGUUCAUUUCUUUGGUGUGUUUGAUGGGCAUGGACAGUUUGGUACUGAAUGUUCUGUGUUUGUUAGGGAUAGGCUUGUUGAGAUUUUAUCGAAUGAUUCAACGUUGUUGGAUGAUCCUGUUAAGGCUUACAAUUCUGCAUUUUUAAGAACAAAUGAAGAACUUCAUAGUAAUAUUGAUAUUGAUGAUUCCAUGAGCGGUACAACUGCUAUAACUGCUCUUCUUGUUGGAGACAUGUUGUAUGUGGCUAAUGUUGGUGAUUCAAGAGCUGUGCUUGCUGUUAAAGAAGGAAAUAGAGUUGUUGCUAAGGAUUUGUCUUCUGAUCAGACGCCAUUUAGGAAAGAUGAAUGUGAGAGAGUGAAAAGCUGUGGGGCAAGAGUUCUUAGUGUUGAUCAAGUGGAAGGUUUAAAGGAUCCUGAUAUUCAGUCAUGGGGGGAUGAGGAAACAGAAGGAGGUGAUCCACCUAGGUUAUGGGUUCAAAAUGGGAUGUAUCCAGGGACUGCUUUUACGCGGAGUGUCGGAGAUAGUACAGCUGAAACUAUUGGUGUAGUUGCUGUCCCAGAGGUUUCAACAGUGCAUCUUACAGCUCAUCAUCCUUUCUUUGUAGUUGCAAGUGAUGGAGUCUUUGAGUUCCUCUCCAGCCAAACCGUGGUGGACAUGGUAAAUAGAUGUGCAGACCCUAGGGAUGCAAGUUCAGCCAUUGCUGGAGAAUCUUACAAACUGUGGCUAGAUCAUGAAAACCGGACAGAUGAUAUAACAAUCAUCAUUGUACAUAUUAAAGCCUUAUCCAAUUUGGAUAGUCAGGUGGUGAUGCCACAGCCAAAAGAAAUGGAGGAAGAACAACGAACACAGAGAAAGAAACAUCGGAGAUAUUUUUCACUCCGUGUGCUUCGGAAGGUUUUCGGUCGGUAAGGAGUGACUUUUCUGAAGUGAGCUGUUGUCAACCGGUUUCAUCAUUAGACCAGAGCUCCAAAGUAGUAGUUUCAUCUAGCUUGGAUUGAACAAAGAAAAGACUUACCAAGGGUUUCCAUGCAUUUCCACAUAUUUUAGAUGUGCCUGAAACGAAUCUAGCAGUUUAUGGAUCUAUUGCCCUCCGACUUCAAUUGGUUACACUACUCACUUCAGUUGCUUCUCACUUUGCGUUCUGGUGCAUAGCAAGCACAUCAAUCAAGUUUACCUGGGUUUUUCUGGAGACUUCUUUGCUGGGGCGCUGCUUCUGUCAAAAGCUUAACACUGAUGCUCAUGUACAUGGGUUAGUCAUGUACAUGAGAGCUGUUCAAUAGUUGCAUCUUCUUGCAAACAAAAGAGCAAACUUCUUACUGUAUUCCAUCUAAACUUGUCAGUUUUAGUACGGUAACACAUUUCUAUAACGUCAUUUAGUCUUGGCUGUGGAAGAACUAAUUGUUGUACAAUGUCACACAUGAAAAUUGGUAAAAUUUGUAUAGAGAAUGACUGCAUAUGAAUCCUUA